UAUUGUUUUUUAUUUAAUUUGUAAAAUGCAAUCAUUUAAAGACACUGAUAAUAAUAGUGAAAACUUGAAUGAAGAAGAUAAGUAAUGUAAUAUAGUCUAUAACUAAAGCAGCUCAAUUAAUUAGCAUGUACCCUAGUUCCCUUAGAAAAAGGCUCCAUCAUAUUCUCACGAAGUUCCACAAAUACUCAAAUUAUAAAAUUAAUUCAGAAAUGCUUAAGGAAAUAUUCGCCGAGAAUUGGAAUGCUAAUUGAUAAAGAGAUUGGUUGAUUUAAAAAAGAAUAGCGAUUCUGAUUGGUAUAGAUUGAAUGGAGCUUGGGCAUAAAAAUACACAACAUACUUAUAUGAUAAUUCAAGUACAUUGCCUGGUCCAAUCGACAAUACUGAUUUGCUCUAGAAUAGAAAUCAAGUAAGAAAUGUAGAUUUCUUUGUUGUAAAUGAGACAGUUUGGAAGUUCCUUCUUGAAGAGUAUAGUGGUGGUCCUGAAAUCCUAGAUGAAAAAAUUCCACCAUCUCCUACUUCAAAUGCAAGUUCUACAACAGACAGAGCAAAAUCAGUUGAUAUCAGCAUAAUUUCAAGUGUAUCAUAAAUUGAUAUCAACCCUGAAAUACCAAUCAAAGGCUUAAAGAAUGAAUUGUACUUUUGUUAUAUGCAUUCUACUCUCUAAUGUAUGAUGACUAUUUCAGAACUUAAUAAUUUCAUAUUAAAUUAUAUCAAUAGAUAACACUCAUAAUCUAUGACAUUAUGUAGAAAUUAUUAAGAACUUCUUCGAUAACUUAAGGAUACUCAAUACGAUUAUAUAAAAAUUAAUUCAUUACGCAAUACAAUAAGCAAAAAAUUUAAUCCAAAACAUUAACACGAUGCAUAAGAAUUUCUUCUGUUUUUGAUGUCCAGUUUUGAGGAUGAAAUAAAUAAUUUUAAUAAAAAAUAAACAUAAUCUAAAUUACCCAACAUUAUUUAGAAAUAUCUUUAGGGAUAGAUUAUAAGUGAAAUUAUUUGCAAAAAUUGUUUACAUAAAUCAUCGAUUACUGAAGAUUUUUUAACUUUAUCUUUGGCUUUAACAAAAAUAAAUUCUAUUAAUUAAUUGUUGGAUGAGUUUCUUAAAGAUGAAUUGAUCUAAGAUUAUAAAUGUGAUAGUUGCCAUAAAAAAAAAACUGCUAUAAAGAAAACAAGAAUAACUAAAUUACCAUAAUAUCUCAUUCUUCAUUUAAAAAGAUUCAAGUUUUUUCCUAAAUCAAAUAAAAUAAUUCAACAUGUAAAAUUUUCACUAGAAUCCAUUUUUUGUGGAAUCAAAUAUACUUUAGUUGGAGUUAUUGUCCAUUCUGGAUCUCUGGAAUAAGGCCAUUAUUUUUCAUAUUGCAAGAGAUAGAAUAAAUGGUGGCUUUUCAAUGAUCAAAAAAUUAAACAAGUUAAUAACAUUGAUGUACUCUAACAAUAAGCAUAUAUUUUGUUUUAUUAAUAACUUCUAUGA